AUGGUAGACUAUGAAAAAGCAGAAACAGCAAAUUUGCAGCAAGAAUUCGAAUGGGUCCUGGAUCAAGAAAUUCACAAAGGCCUGGACCAAAUACACCAAAUCCUGGUAGAAUGUGCCCGUAGAUUUCCAGUGCAGCUUUACGGCCAUGACAAUUCGAGCAAACAAGACAAAUUUGUACUUUCAGUGCCUGCAGAUCAGUUAAAAUGUGUUGUCACACUAACUGGAGACAGUAUUACUCAUGCCGAUAUCAAUUUUAAAGUAACUAGACAAAAUUCAGCUACAAUGGUUAGGACUACAAUACAUACAGAGUACCCGUGGAAGUUGCAGCAGGUGCAAGAUGCAGCAAACCAUUUGCAGCAAGCUAUUUAUCACAUUGAUGAUGUUGGAAAAAAUUACAAAUUCAAGUCUUCAGAUGAAGUGUUGCACAUAUUGGGAAAUAUCUUGGGCAGUCUGCAAAGGGGCAGAACAAGCCUGAUUGUACCCAGGAAAAAAACGAUGGAUGAUUUAAUAAAAAGCCGAAACAUGAAAUCAUUAUCACCAAAUUUGUCUGAGGACUUGGCUAUUAGUUUUUACAUCCAAAGUCACAAAUUGAUAUUUGCUAUUUACCAACUGGUGCAUAGUCAUGGUGAAAUGAAGUACGAAUCUUCGCACGCUGAAUGCUCAGUACCCUGGCUGAACGAAGUUCUGGUACUGUUUACUGUGGGGCUACAGUUGUGUCAACAACUCAAAGAUAAGAUCUGUGUUUUCUCUCAAUAUAAAGAUUUUACUGUAGGAUCUAGAUCAGUGAGUCCCAUAAAUUAG